AUGGGGGAAAAUUGUCAACUACGAGCCGGGAGACGGCAACAAUGGACAUGGCUCGAAUACGUAAUCUCCUUCCUGCCCUAUGUUGUUCCUUUUGUGAUGUAUCCUUUCAUAACGCCAAUCCUUCAUUCCAAAACAGGCCAAACUCAUGCAAUGGGUGAGGUGGAUCGUGGCGACACGGUGACUGACUUCUUAGAGGAGGAGCGUGAACGCGGGAUCAGCAUUAUGAGCGCAACUGCAUGUUUUCCCUGGCAACGGCACUCCGUCCACCUCAUAGACACUCCGGGUCAUGUGGACUUCACGUUGGAAGUGGAGCGCAGCUUGGCCGUAGUGGACAGUGCUCUGACUAUCAUUGACGCCUGUAAGGGUGUCGAAACACAGACACGUACUGUCUGGUAA